AUGAAAGGUGCGGUUCUUGUUGCAAUUGCUGCUUCCAUCGGGAAUUUUCUUCAGGGUUGGGAUAAUGCUACCAUUGCUGGUUCGAUUCUCUACAUUAAGAAAGACCUCGCUCUGCAAACAACUAUGGAAGGACUUGUGGUGGCCAUGUCUCUGAUUGGAGCUACUGUCAUUACGACUUGCUCUGGUCCUAUCUCAGAUUGGCUUGGUCGGAGACCAAUGUUGAUAAUCUCAUCCGUGCUCUAUUUCUUGGGUAGUUUGGUAAUGUUAUGGUCUCCUAAUGUUUACGUGUUGUGCUUAGCAAGGCUGCUUGAUGGAUUUGGUAUUGGCCUUGCCGUAACUCUUGUUCCGGUUUAUAUAUCUGAGACUGCUCCCUCCGAUAUAAGGGGAUCGUUGAAUACACUUCCCCAGUUCAGUGGUUCAGGAGGCAUGUUUUUAUCCUAUUGUAUGGUUUUUGUGAUGUCAUUGAGUGCCUCACCUAGCUGGAGAAUAAUGCUCGGGGUUCUCGCUAUUCCUUCUCUCUUCUUUUUUUUAUUGACAUUAUUCUUCUUGCCCGAGUCUCCUCGGUGGCUCGUGAGUAAAGGAAAGAUGCUAGAAGCUAAGAAGGUUCUCCAAAGAUUACGCGGCCAGGAAGAUGUGUCAGGUGAGAUGGCAUUGCUGGUCGAAGGUCUUGGUAUUGGUGGUGAUGCAUCUAUAGAAGAGUACAUAAUAGGCCCAGAUGACGAUGUGGUGGAUGGCCAUGAACAAACAACAGAGAAAGACAAGAUCCGGUUAUAUGGAUCUCAAGCAGGUCUCUCUUGGUUAGCAAAACCUGUAGCUAGACAGGGUUCUGUGGGUCUUGUGUCACGACAUGGAAGCCUUGCAAUGGAUCCUCUUGUGACCUUAUUUGGCAGCGUUCAUGAGAAGCUUCCUGAGUCAGGAAGCAUGAGAAGUGCUUUGUUUCCGACUUUUGGAAGCAUGUUCAGCACGGCUGAGCCUCAUAUUAAAAAUGAAAAUUGGGAUGAAGAGAGCCUACAAAGAGAAGGUGAAGACUACAUGUCAGAUGGUGCUGCCGGGGGCUCCGACGAUGAUUUGCACAGUCCUUUAAUCUCACGUCAAACAACUAGCCUUGAAAAAGACAUGCCGCCUCCUCUUUCCCAUGACAGUAUGCUGAAUAGCAUGAGGCGCAACAGUAGUCUCAUGCAAGGGUCAGGUGAGCCAGUUGGUAGUACCGGAAUUGGUGGUGGUUGGCAGCUUGCAUGGAAAUGGUCCGGUAAAGGUGAGGACGGGAAAAAGCAAGGAGAGUUUAAAAGGAUUUAUUUGCAUGGGGAGGGAGUUUCUGGAUCUCGACGUGGAUCCAUGGUAUCAAUUUCUGGUGAAGGUGACUUUGUCCAGGCCGCUGCCUUGGUUAGCCAACCCGCACUUUACUCCAAGGAGCUAAUGGGCGAACAGCCAGUUGGGCCUGCAAUGGUUCACCCAUCUAAGACGGCUUCAAAAGGGCCCAUUUGGGAGGCUCUCCUCGAACCAGGGGUCAAGCAUGCACUGUUUGUUGGGAUUGGAAUUCAACUUCUUCAGCAGUUUUCGGGGAUAAACGGAGUUCUAUAUUACACUCCUCAAAUCCUUGAAGAAGCCGGUGUUGCAGUUCUUCUUUCAGAUUUGGGUCUUAGCUCAACGUCCUCGUCUUUUCUUAUAAGUGCUGUCACAACCUUGUUGAUGCUUCCAUCUAUAGGCUUAGCCAUGAGGCUUAUGGAUGUCACUGGCAGAAGACAGUUACUACUUGUCACAAUUCCGGUGCUGAUAGUGUCGCUCAUUAUAUUGGUCCUUGGAAGCGUAAUAAAUUUUGGCAGUGUUGUCCAUGCAGCGAUCUCAACUGUAUGCGUCGUGGUUUACUUUUGCUUCUUUGUUAUGGGUUAUGGACCAAUUCCCAACAUCCUUUGCGCAGAGAUCUUUCCCACUAGAGUGCGUGGGCUCUGCAUUGCUAUCUGUGCGCUAGUGUUCUGGAUUGGAGACAUCAUUGUCACAUACUCACUGCCUGUGAUGCUCAGUUCAUUAGGACUGGCCGGUGUCUUUGGCGUUUACGCAGUUGUGUGUUGCAUCUCUUGGGUAUUUGUGUAUCUGAAGGUUCCAGAAACAAAAGGCAUGCCCCUUGAAGUCAUCUCUGAAUUCUUUUCUGUUGGUACAAAGAAAGCUGAAGCUGCCAAAAAUGAGUGA